AUGGCUGCCUCACGUUCAGUCUCCAUCACUUACGUGCCCGCCGAUUGCGGCUCUAUCAUCCCAGGCAAAUCCAAAGCACCUAAAGCCUUUCAAGAUGUCAGCAUUGCGAGCAAGCUGCGGGACGCAGGUCUCCCGUCUGUCUCAGAGCACCACCCACUAGACACGCCCGCGACUUACGCAGCAACAACCUUCGCUCCAGGCAGCGUCCGCAACGAAGAAGUGAACAUCUCGGUCUGCCAACGCGUCCGUCGCACCAUUGCACAAAACCUCAACUCGUCUGUCGCCCAACCCCCAUUCCAACUCAUACUUGGCGGCGAAUGCUGCAUGUCCCCAGCCAUCCUCUCCGCCUUCUGGAAGCACGCAGACUCCCAGACACCGUCCUUACGCGUCGGCCUUAUCUAUAUCGACGCCGACACUGACCUUGCCUCUCCGACUAACCCCGGCUCUACCGGCAACCUUGCAGGAAUGAACAUGACGCACCUUAUCCGGUCUCCCGGUGCACUAAAGAGCAUGGAGCAGUUCUCACGUCCUUCCGGUGAGCCACUCUGCGACGCCUCCAACACAGUCCUUUUCAGCAUCAACAUGUCCUACUCUGGAAACAAGGACGAGCACUUCACAUACCUCUUCGACAACAACUAUAAGGUUGUCAGCUCAGCUUCCGUGGCACAUGGGCCUGAGCAGCGCGCGGAGGAAGCCUUACAGUAUCUGGAGAGCAGGGUCGAUGUCAUCAUGGUGCAUCUGGACGUCGACGCCAUCGAUCCGUUGCUUUUUCCGCUAGCAAACUUGCCGAACUUCACGGGGGUGACAUUUGAGCAGAUGAUGCGGGCAUUGAAUGUGUGA